UUUACUCAUACCAGCCAACAUGGAGGCAGAGGAAGCCAAGACGUCUGCUGAGCGAGAGCUUCUGGAAGGGACAGACCAGAAGCCAGAGUCGGAGGAGGAGCAGGAUGAGCCCGACGAAGCGGCUCGCGGCAGCAAGAAACGGAUAGUUCCAGGAAUUGUGUAUCUGGGCCACAUCCCGCCGCGAUUCCGGCCCCUGCACGUCCGCAACCUUCUCAGCGCCUAUGGUGAGGUCGGACGCGUUUUCUUCCAGGCUGAAGACCGGUUUGUGAGACGCAAGAAGAAGGCGGCAGCAGCUUCGGGAGGAAAAAAGGGAUCCAAAUACAGCAAGGACUAUACUGAGGGCUGGGUAGAAUUCCGAGACAAGCGCAUAGCAAAGCGUGUGGCAGCCAGUCUACACAACACGCCCAUGGGUGCCCGCAAACGCAGCCCCUUCCGUUAUGACCUAUGGAAUCUUAAGUAUCUGCACCGUUUUACAUGGUCCCAUCUCAGUGAACACCUUGCCUUUGAGCGUCAGGUGCGCCGGCAACGUCUCAGAGCAGAAGUGGCCCAGGCCAAGCGUGAGACUGACUUCUAUCUUCAAAGUGUGGAACGAGGAAAACGCUUCCUUGCUGCUGAUGGUGAUACUGCUCGACCAGACAGCUCCUGGGCAUUUGCCCAGCGCCCCACAGAACAGGAGCUCAGAGCCAAGAAAGCUGCCCGUCCAGGAGGACGGGAAAGGGCUCGCCUGGCUAAUGUUCAGGAACAGGCUCGCUCUAACCGAGGUCUCCUUGCCAGGAUUUUUGGAGCCACAUCAUCUGCAGAGAAUAUGGAGGAAUCCUAGCAAGCCAGGGACUUCUGAGGGACACAGUGGCCUUCAUCUAUCCCUGACCUGCUUCCUGUCUACCUCAUGCUAGAGUGAUGAAUGACUGCCCAUGCAGACAUUUUCUGUUUGUUUCUCAGUCCAGGUGUUGCUGGUGAAGUCUCAGACAUGGAAUUUUUGUUAAGCGUUUUUCUACUCCAACUCUGUAAGUGGCAGGAUGAAAUAACUUAUUCAUACUAACAUGAUUAUGACU